GCGUUGCAUGCCUCGCUAAUACAUAACCCAAACAUACCAAAUUGCCUCUACGACACAUCUCUAAGAAGCUGUUAUUUACUAUAUCCAAAGUGUGUGUCGUACUUUCACCUCACAAAACGAAAUUUUUCAGAGAUGUUUCGUAAUUUAAUGCCAUGUCACCGAACAACUUUCAAAUCAAAUGCCUAUUCAAUUACACGCCACAGAGGCCUUAACCGCACAUUCAUAAUUAUGUCGGUUUGUUUACAUGCACACUUAUCGCGACGCCAUAGAGCGUUGGCUGCAUCGCAACCAGCGAGCAUGUUACCCGGAGAGCACUCGGUGGGUAAUUAAUGAGCUUCCUUAUCUUGCGACACAACUCAUUCCGCCUGCUAAUUUGCAUCAAUUAACACCCGUUCGAGCCCUUUUUAACCGUUCACGACCCGAGCCCCUCCCGCUCGAGGGCUCGGGUUGAAUCUUCAGCCUGAUUACAGUAAUUCAAGAACAGAAAAACCUUAGCUACCGCUUAGCAUGCCGCUUCCUAAUUGAACUCCGAUAGAAUUUCACUCACCCGCACCAGUGACCUUGAAGACGAUGUGGAAAGAGCUCCGAAACUUGUGACACGCAUUUGCUACAUCUGUGCCAAGAAAAACAUCAUUACAGUUCCGAUUCCACAUCUCCCCGUACUGGUAAUGACUUCCAUUACUCACCGAAACUAAAUCAACUCCAACAGCUCCACCACCACCAGCUGGGAGAAUCCUGGGAGAUUCCGCCCACGGGAGAAGCCAGGGCGACUAUCCCGGCUGGCGGGAAAUGUCUGACAUUGACAUAUCGUUAAGCUGCGAGUACGUCGGCUCGCACAAAUCAAGGUCAACGGAGGCCCUGUUCCCUACACCCCGGGGGGUCACGGCACACGAACUUCUUGCGGUUUCGUUUCCGUCCUCAAUUCCAUCCAAAGUGGAGUGGAGGGAAAUCUUCCCCUGUGUGACAGGAAUGCCGCAACUUACCCGCAAAAUCGAUAAAAGUAACACAAAAAUGUCGUUUGUUCCAUUCCGCUUCUACUUUGAAAUGAGAGUGUGCACGUGGGAAGCCGUUUUCUCGAGCCGAAAACUUCCCAGAAGCUUUCGAAAGCAACGGUGAUGGCGUAUUUUCGGCAGCCUCAUUUGCAUCUCGAACUCGACGCCCCCACCGUGUGGCUUUUUGGUCGAAGUGGAACAUAAGUUCUGGCACAUAAUGGUGGCCUUUAGGUGGGUAUGGUUGCCGCCACGCUACCGGUAGUAAUUGUCAACGGAACCAGCAAUUAGGCAUACCUUAGCAAAAUGGGAACAAAUGGGAGGGCUGUAUUCGUGAGCUCGUGGUGUCAGUGUCUGUGUUAAAGGAUGGGAUCGUUUUACACCUUUUGCUAUUGCUCACAUUGUAUUCUCACAUGUUACACUACUUUAGUUUUACGCGUGGGGCGUUGUUUGCUCUUGAAAAGCUUUGCCAAAUUUGCUUGUUCGCCAAAGCCAUUUCAUGCUUUGGUGGAAGAGGCGUAUUGCACACGCCGCUAGGAAUAAUGCAUGAACGGUGAAUUAGCAGUCUGGCACUAAUUUGCUCCUUUCAAAACCAAUGUCAUUCUUCCCACUACAACUUCUACACUCUAAUUUUAACACAAAGCUCUCAAUCGCGUACCCAUCAUAUGGAGCGUUCUCACGCCUUCGGGAGGUGAAGACAACAAUACGUGUGCACGAAUGAAAGCGUGCAGCAUCUGCUCAACCACCUGAAGAGCAUUAAAAAAGCAUCGAUUGCACGUACAAAAAGAAGAACAACUCGAGCAACGUGUAAGACAAGCAACUACCACUGCUCACAGCGGAGCAUUGAGCACUAACGUUGAUGAGUUUACGAUUUCGAAAGCCCAAUGGUGCCGAAACCUUUUGCAUUGUCCGCUGGCGUAACGACGAUGCACAUCGUAGUGUUUGUCUGUGUGCAAAAAUGAGAUAAUCGACCAUGGAAAGGUAACACAAAAAACGGCCAAGUCUUGAUUGCUUUUUGCAAGCGCGGACAGCACGUUUGACAUUUGACGAUUCAUUUUGUGUGUGUAUGUGGAAAAUCAAUAAAGCUUCUCCAACGUCGUGAUGACCGUAUUUCCAUCCCUUCUGAUGGGAGCCUGUCAGGCAGACGUUAUUGUUCAUAAAUCAGAUUGAACGGCGGGAAUAAGCUUUAGUACAUGCACCAAGAUUGCAUGGUACUGGAAGUUAAAAAGUGCUUAACACAAUGCCCAGCAUGGGCGUUUUAGACGGGUUUUAAAUUACAAAGAUAUAGAAGUACCUUGACCAUGCUUGAACUCUAUCCGGAUAAGCUCAAAUGUGUCAGGGAUUAUUAUUCUCCCCGUCCUAAUACUUCCUUCCACGCUUAACUUUUGCCCUGGAAGGCAGCCUUAGUUCAAAAUUGUCGCACUUUUGAAUAGCACUAUGGGUAUAGUCAAGGUCAUGUGACUUAAACAUAAAUAAUACCAUAGGUUUAGAACCACCAUAAUAGAAAGAAUGCCAUAAUACCAUGGGUUUUGUAUGAAAAAUAUUUAUUUAUAAUUUUAAUACUGUGAAGUAAAUAACGAUUGUAAGAAUGCAUUACUAGCUCCAUGUAUCUAUUCAUUUUGUCACAAACAUUGACUUGAUGUGGUAUUACCUAGAGUCAUGCACGUUUCUAAAGAUGGAAACUACGGCUUGAUAAACUCAUCAUUAAUAUUAAACAUCAAUUAAAGCAUAGCAAAAUAGCAAAAAAAAAACCCUACCAGACUCAUUUGAAUACCCACUCACACAUAAGAAAGCCGGUAAACCGCUGCUGCCUGCCGCCGACCAAACACCUCUCUCAGAGAGUCAUUACAAACAAGUCUCCCUUCCUCUGUGAAACCACACAUACCAAAUAUUGACCGUCCCUACAUUGCGGCACCCCGAAACACACUCUAACGCGCUCUAACUUUUUGGCCGCUCCGAAUUCAGCGUGUCCCGUUUUGUCGUGCUGGUGUCGACGAGCAAGAGUGCGUAACCGUGCGUUAGAGUUGCAGGCGUCCCCCCAAAACAAUGGGCAGCUGUGGUACGUUUGAGUGAGAUGGUGCGGCGAGAUGCUCACAGUACAGGAGCAGUUGGUUUAAAUACAUAAAUAAAACUACGUCUACGUCACCCUGCACACAGCUGAAGUCAGAUGGACGGAAGUCAGGCGAAAUUCGACUUUAAAACUGUUUUUGAUGCGGGAUCGAUCGUUAGCUUGCUGGUUUUUUCUCUCUCUCUCUCCCCACUUGCUAUUUACACAGUGGACCAAUGCGGCGUGUGGGUAUGAGGGUAUAAAGAGUUUUGCUCUUCUGUUUUUAUUUAUUGAGAAGAAACGAUCAGGCGUUUGCUUUGUUCUUCAUAUUAGGACCAAAAACUGAAGAUACAAUUAUCUGUUUCUACAGUUUUUUCAACUUUUCAUUGAAGUCUAACUACGAUGAUCUAAUUCCGUUCGGUUUAAAUUACUGAUGCAAUGGUUAAACGCAUUGGUAGAUUUGUAAGUGUUGUACAUAAUGAGGGUGAGCAAAUUGUUAUAAAAUCUUGAGCAAUCAUGAAACCAAAAGAAGGUCAUAUUAACAAAAUAAAAUUACUUUUAAAUGUAGUAGGUCGGAGAGUACUUAUAAUUCAAUUAGUAUUAGUAAUACAAAAUAAUGUCUUUAAAAAUCAUUAUACAAGCUUGUAUUAUAUGGCAUGAAAAGCAUCACAUGAUUUGGAAAAUAGUCCCAAUUAAUCAAAAACCCAUAUCAACACGAAUCUUAAAUGAAUGCAUUACUAACACUUUAUCAUAUUUUACAACGUAUAGUUUUACAUACUAAAACUCACAUACGAAAUGACAUUAUAAAUAGUCGCUGUAUACAAAGCAGAGCUUAUCUUACCUCAUUUUAUCUUAUCUUUUCAUUGCGCUAACAUUUUUUACCAUCCAUCGUCAUGCAGCGAGCACAUAGUGCGUUCGGUGCCAGGGUUCUGCUUGCUUUCCAGCCAACGCACCGAAACCAUCGUGCCCCGUGCGUUGGUGGUGGUGGUCCAAGAGCGCGUAGUGUAGUAUCAAAUUAGUCACCCUCGAGACCACGGUCGCUGCAGCCGCACACAUACGCCACACAAUCGCACAAUUGCAACAGUGCUUCUUAUCAGUGCAACCGCAACCCUGUCCGUGCACAGUCCGUCAGUCUGUUCGCGACGGCUCGGGAAGUGAGUGGUGUGUGUGUUUACUUUCUAACGCCUCAAAACUGGUCACCCAACACCAGCGUACGCCGCGUGUAUUGUGUGGCAGAAAAAAGGGCAUCCCUCUCCACCGCUCAACCGUAUGCGGCGUCAGCUGCACUCAACCAGAGAGAGAGAGAUAGAGAGAGUGAGAGUGAGAGCGAACCAGUGAGCCCUUGAAGCGCGUGCAGUGAGCAACUCGGUAGUGAACGAUUAUAAGCACGGCGAGUCUCACUCGUCCCGGCUCACGUUCAUCGGCAUUCACCGUGAUGUUUUAGCGCGCGGCGGAUCGAUUUCGCCGUUCAGUUCACUCGACAGCAUCGGCUCGGUGGCAAGCAAAAGUGGACCGGGACCGGUCACAUCGCCGCUGAUAAACUUCGUCUCCCGUCUUGCAAUCUAUCUCGAGUGUGGUGGGUGUAUGUGACUGUGUGACUGUGUGUGCACACGUGUGUUUGCCUCUCUCUGUACCUCGUGCCGUGGCGUAAAAGCGUGAAAAUUUGAUAAACAAAUAACAAGCCAGCAUUAGAAAACACGAGACGACGCGAAACAAUAUUCGCCACUGUUUGCGUCCUCGAAACGCGCGUUAAGUGUCCCGUUCUGUGCGUUCGCGUGUGUGUAUUUCCGUUGCCCAGUAUCCCAGUUCCAGUCGUUCCUUCCGUUCCACCCGAAAACCCACCGCCCCAAAACAGCCAACAUGCGAAACAAUUACCAUCGCCUUAGCCUUCUGGUGGCCCUCUGCUCGUGUUACAGUCUGCUAGCGCCAGUGCGGUCACAGCAAAUCGAAACCAUCCCAUCGUCACCCUCGUACCACACGCUGUACGAACGCAACCUGGACCUGCUGUGCCGGGCCGGCAAACCGAUCGACCAGUGCAACGUUCGGCUACCCGGACCGUCCACCGAUACGUUGGACGUCACCGCUAACGUCCUACCGGGCGGCGUCAAGCGCAUUGGGGACUUUUCGCGCGGCGAAUGUGGCGUCCGGCUGGCCACGUUCACGAACGAACGGAUCGGCAAGUUCGUCUGCAUCGUCACGAUCGAUGGCCAGCAGUUUGAGUCGGCGAUCGAGCUGCGGAAGCGUGUACCGCCCCGCCCAACCGAGCUGAAGAUCGCCAAAGCAACUGCCCUGAUCGAUGGGGGCUUGCGGGCGAACCAGCUGCUGAAGGCGCGCUGCAUCUCCCGUAACGGGCUGCCCGUCGCCAACCUGACCUGGCUGCUGGACGGCAAACCGAUCGAUGAGAGCGCGCUGAAACCGGCCCAAAUUACUGCCGAGGAGCAGCAGGAUGGCACCAGCUUGGAGACGAUCCAGCAGGAGGUGCAUAUGUACGUGACGCCGGCCGAGAACGGCCAGACGCUCGAGUGUGUUACGAAUCAUCCCGCGUUCAAACCCGAACUGCGUAACUCGUUCCUGCUGAACAUAAAGUUUCCACCGGAAGAGAUACCGCACAUCCACAUCGACGAGCUGCCGGCAAGCGGAAGCGCUACGAUCAACAUUACGAUCCACGCCAACCCCAAACCCUUUACCCGGUGGACGGUGAACGGCCGGCACAUCAAGGAGGGCGAAUCGGCCGACAUCUACCAGGCGUACAUUCCCCGCCCGACUUCGGCCAAGGGCGAGUACAGGGUGCUGCUGAAAAACAACGACUGCUCGAUGGAGCGCCCGUCGCUGUUUACGCUGGAAGCGACCAACGCGCUCGGCACGCAGACGUACGUCAUCAAGGCGGUGCGGGUGGACGCGAACGAGGUGGAACCGGGUCGGAACGAUGACUACUACACCGAUGACAGCAACGGAUCCACCUUCUGGCUGAUAAGCGUCUGGACCUUCUUCUGCUCUGUGAUAGCUACACGUCUGUUGUGAAUCCAAUCCAAUAGCCUCUUCCCCUUUUCCCUAGUAAAGUAGUGAACCCAGUAGGGCCCAGUUGCGUUCGUUACGAGGUCAGCUUUGGGGCGGGCUGUGCGUGCGUGCUUGAGAAUAUUUCCACCAAUGUACAGUGCAUCUCUCUGUAAGCGGGCUUGGUGUCCUAGACGAUGGUGGUGGUGGAGGAAUAGGAUAUUAACUGGGUGCAUGGUUGGUGUACGGUUGCAAUGCCGAGAUACUCUUUGUUCGGAAAUAUUCUCAACGGACACAGCUUGGACCCGAUAACAGAUCUGUUCGCUCGUGAACGUACUUGUCGAUAUUGUUUUAAAAUAUGCACACAUAAAAAACAAAACCCUCCGCGUUCCGAUAGUUCCUGCUGCAAAGUAUUCGUGAAGCCUGAAUGGCUUCACCACAAAAUCGCAACUCUUCCUCUAAACCAAAAUUAUUUACCAAUUUUCUGUAUGCUUCUUAAACAAACAAACAAAAACACUAGAAUAAGGCACAAGUGGGCUGAGAAAAGCGGCAAGCCAAAAAACAUUCAAUGAACAGUAUGAUAAACUUCAACAAGUGUGUGAAUUGAGUGUUAAAAGUGUCCGUAGCAAAAGGAAGGCAAAAAGCAUUCCUAAUUUGUCGUGAUGGUCUAAUGGACGCGAAAGCACAUUGAAACAGUACCGACAGAGCAAUGCAUUUCAAGUACGGCUUGCUGUGAGCAAUGCGUUUAGGAUGUGUUGAAUAUUAUUUAUUUCACUACUCUCUCUCUCUUUAAAAAUGAGACUAACCUGCUCCCCCGCCAAUGCUGUAAUGAAGCUAACCAGAAGAGGAUAAAUGCAAACAAAAUUCAAAAAUAAAUGGAACCCAAUAUCGAAUGUCGAUUUGGUGGCAGCAGUAACAACAACAGGCGCAAGAUUAAUGCUGCAUCCGCCUGAAAAGCAGUAUUUAAAAAUAAAAACCACAUGCGUUGGUGAAUUUAACAUGUGAUGUAUUGGAGAUUGAACAGUAAGAUGCAUCGUAUUUCAAUAAAAAAGCGAUAAGAUAACAUUAA